ACUGUUGAUACUACCCCUGACCUGGCUGCCGGACACGUUUGGGUCCCCGCUCACACAAAGCAACACAUCAGCAGCGUACAGUGCCUUCCGAAGAAGCGGUAUAAACAUCCCCAAGUCAUGGUUCACUGGAAUGCGUACCGCCUGGACCCAAGGCUUUAGCAAAGUAAGCUGUUUGAACACUCUGUUUUCUCUCCUACAUCUCUCACUCUCUCUUCUGUCUCUCUCCUCCAUCUCUCACUCUCUCAGUCUGUCUCUCUCCUCCAUCGCACACUCUCUUGGUCUUCUCUUUUAUCUCCCUCCAGUAGUGCUCCGUUGUUGCUAUGACACCGGCAGGCUGAGUCAGUAGCCAGAUUAGAGCCGGCUGGUUUUGAGACAGUAAGCGUUUUCUCCCCUCUCACGGUAACCUGAAUAAACAGCGGUCAUGUGGACGGGGGGUGCGGCCAAUAGGUUAGUUUCAUGUCAGACGCUUAUUUGUACGCAGUUGGUUCUUCGUUGUUUUUUCCCCACGUUCCGAGGUUUAGUCCGCGGAGGAACUGCUCGUCAUUGGUGCGCAGAGGACACACACACGACACCCACACACUCGCACGCACACACACCUGAAGGUCGGGAUAGAUGAAGGGCUGCUGCUCCUUCUCACUUUCAGUACUGCUGCUGCUCACUCUGGCGCGCGCAUCGUCGCCGAACGCUCGCGCUAAGCUUAUUCCUAGGGAUGUGAACACUUUUGCACGUUGGCACGGAUUAGGACGCUAUUGGGUGAACGUAUUGAAUCCUCCGCCGCCCCGCGACAAUGCCCCACGCGGCUCUGUCGCACAUUCCCGGCUCUGCCUAUUGUUCACGUUGACGCACGGGCACCGCUGACCUGCUGCCUCGCGCCGACGUCUGCCUCACGAAAGCCCCGGGUCCGCGCUUCGCCCCGCGCUCCUUCUCUUCAUUUCACCUCGGUGUGGACAUGACUUCCUGGCUCCGUACAUACAGUGACCUCCCCUGGUAUGCCCUGUUCCUCUGCCUGUCCGUGGAGGCUGCCGUCAUUGAAGCAUCCAGUUCAGGUGACGGUGUUCUGUGUAGAUCCUCCUCCAUAACCUCUUGUACAGAGUGCCUUCGGCGUGGGCCGCAGUGUGCUUGGUGCUUCCAGGAGGCGUUCCUUGAGGGGACCGGUGCGUCCCAGCGUUGCGACCUGCCACUGAGCCUGCUGAGGAAGGGCUGCAGCCUGGAGGCCAUGGAGCACCCGGAGGUCAAGGUGGAGGUCAACGCCACUCUCAGCGGGACCCAGGUGUCCCCCUCGGACAUCCAAGUCACCCUCAGGCCAGGCUCCGAGGCCAGCUUCAUUGUGGCGGUGAGCCAGCUGCAGCGCUAUCCUGUAGACCUGUACUACCUGGUAGAUGUGUCCGCCUCCAUGAAGGAGAACCUGGACCAGUUGAAAACAGUGGGCAUGGCUCUUUCUCACAGGAUGAGGGAGCACUCGUCUGACUUGCACCUGGGCUUCGGCUCCUUCGUGGACAAGCCCGUCUCCCCGUACAUCAACGUCCACCCAUCCAAGAUCAACAACCCAUGCAGCGAUUACGAAGUGCGCUGCCGCCCUGCCCAUGGCUACCACCACAUCCUUAGCGUGACGCACAACAUCACAGAGUUCAGCCGCGUCAUCGAGCGCCAGCUCAUCUCGGGCAACAUGGACACACCUGAGGGAGGGCUGGAUGCCAUGCUGCAGGCGGCCGUCUGCCAGAGGGAGCUGGGCUGGCGUACGGGGUCCAAACGUCUGCUGCUGCUGAUGACUGACCAGCCAUCCCACCUGGCCCUGGACAGCCGGCUGGCCGGCAUCGUCCGUCCCAACGACGGUCUCUGCCACCUGGAGAACAACGUCUACACAGAGAGCACCACUAUGGACCACCCAAGUCUGAACCAGUUGUCGGACAAGCUGUUGGAGAACCACAUCUACUCCAUAUUCGCGGUGGAAAAGCAACAGUACCAGUGGUAUAAGGCACUGGUGAGCCUGCUGCCAGGAUCGUAUUUGGGGAGGCUGGGCCACUUCCAGGCCCCCAACCUCAUAGAGCUGGUGGUGGACGCCUACAAGAGGUUGUUAUCGGAGGUGGGGCUGGAGGUGCUGGUAGAAGAGGGUGCUGGCAGCAGGUACUGGCUGUCCGUCUCCCCUCUCUGUCCGGAGGGAUCCACAGCUAAUGCCCACAGCUGCUCUGGGGUGUUACCCAACCAGACGGUCUAUUUUAACAUCACCAUCGGCAUGCGCUCGUGUCCUGAUGAGGAUGAAGGUACAGACGUCAAGGUGACGGUCCGCCCGGUGGGCUACAACGAGUCCACGGUGGUCCGGGUUCAAGCUCACUGCCGCUGCCGCUGCGGAUUGCCGGGGCGGUGCCGCAACCCAGGCCAAUCGCAAUGCAGGGCCGACUCCACACCGACCAAUGGAGAGGCUCCGAGGAAGCCGGUGCAGGCGUACAGCAGGGACUCUGAGCAGAAUCCCGGAGAGCGGAAGACCCCCUGCAGGGCGGAGGGGGCGGAGCUGGAGUGUGGGGGGCGGGGAGUGUGUGAGUGUGGCAGUUGUGUGUGCGAGCAGAGCAAGCUGGGGGCGGUCUACGGAGCUCACUGUGAGAUGGAUGAUUUCUCCUGCCCCUACAAAGACGGCCUGCUGUGUGGAGGGCGGGGUAUGUGUGUGUCUGCCGAGUGUGUCUGUGAUUUGGGAUGGACAGGUGAAAGUUGCGGAUGUCCCGUCACCCCGGAGACCUGCCAGACGUCCGACGGCGCCGUGUGCAGCGGGCGUGGCCGGUGCCAGUGCGGAAGGUGUGUGUGCGACGCACCCCAAAACUCCGGAACCUUCUGCGAGAAAUGCCCCAUUUGCCACGGCACCUGUCAAUCAUACUGGAAGUGUGUGGACUGCCACCUGGCUCAUGGCCUGCUACACGGAGAGGCGGGACACUGCAAUCAAACUUGUGCUCCAUUGGUGGGCUAUGUUGAUUAUAUUUCAGGGGACCUGUGGAGUCAGUGUGUUUACAUCCGUCCCAGUGACAGCUGUCACUUUAGGUUCCACGCCACCUCAAGGGCGGGCCUAACACAGCUCUACAUAAGCACACGCCCAGAGUGUGCCGGCAGCUCCGGCCAUGUAAGGACCUUCGUGUGGGUGUGUGCGCUCACUGUGUUUUGCGGGCUGGUCGUGGUCACCCUGUCCAUGCUGCUGCUGCAGAGACAAGGCCGGCCACCAGGGGGCCCCACCGUGGACCUCAACUACCACCCCACCAGCAAGGACCUGUCAUUCAUCCCUACCACAAAUGAGAAGACAGUGACCUACAGGAGGGAUCACCCACCCGACCGCACCGGGGAGAUGAGCAUUCAAGUUCACAAGAUAACCUUCCGAGACCCCUGGCAGUGCUAGGCAGUGGUCAGGGUCCAAGGUCAGGAGGACGUGAACUAGCAAUACAGACCUACAGAGGGCGUUGCAGAGAUGUAGCUCAGUGUUUGACAUUCUAAUGUUUUCUGUACCAACUCUGAGUCCCAAACUGCUCUAACUGAUUUUUACAACUUUAUUUUUUGCUUUGACACAUCUACCCAACAAAAAACGUAUAGACUGUGUAACAAUGGCCAGUAUUUUGAAGGAGGGAGUUAAGGAGGGAAAACACACUGAUCCUCUGCUAUCCUUUUCCCCAUCUGUUGCUACAGGGAGUGUCAACAGGGUAGGAAUUUCUCCCUCCUUUUGUGUUACCAGUGAUCCGUUAGCUUAUUGUCUCACAUCCAAACGUGUGUGUGCGCACGUUUGUCUUGUAGGACACUCCAAACAUUGCCUCGGAUCCCACAUAAACAUUAUCCGGUGUUAGCGCGCCCCCUUUUGGCCCAGCUACUGUAAUGGCAUCGUAUUUCCAACCACACUGAACACCUUACAUACCUCAGCUCCAUUGGCUUGCUACUGGAACUGCAUGAAACACUAGAAUUAUGUUUCAAAUUACUUUUUUUUACUUAUUUAGUAAACAGCAUGUUUUUCUUUAUUUUAUUUAAACCUUGAUGACGUGAAUCACAUUUUAUUUAAUUAGGCGUAUUGCCUGCAAAUGCAUUUAAUGUGUUCUCGAUUUAUUUUGGUCAAGAAGACACUUUGUGAUAUUUUGUCCAUUUACCAUUCAACUUGAUAUUGCUUAUUUUAUUUGUCUCCUAAUCGUUGUUUGUGUGUUAACAUGUUAGCGAAAGACUCUGUUUUUUUCAAUUGCCAAUAAUCAUGAUAGACUUGCACUAGAAUAACUGUUUUGUACUACUGAACGGACUCACUGAAUGAGACACAAGAGGCAUUAUCUUAUAUUUCCACAGAAGGCGCUUGGGUAAAAGGAGGCCUGAUCCACUGUGAACAGGUCUAACAGACUAUGGAAUCAGAAUUGUAAAUAAUCUCUACAUGGUCAAAUUCACAUUAUAAGCCAAAGUGAAACCGAUCAAUUAUUUUGUUUUUAUUUAACAACAUGUAAACCUUGGCACCUGAUAAUCUGAAACCAGAAUCGGACCACUUUAAUUUUGUGGUUUUGAGGAAUCGAGAUCUGAGCCUGUGAAGGCAAUGUGAACAGUAUAGGGUGAUAGAUCGGAACUGGGCGAAAACAUUGGAUUUAAGCAUUGAGGCCGUUCAUUAUAACCUGGCCGAUGUGAAUUUCUAAGACGAGAUGAACGGUUUGUAGACAGCGAGAAACGAAAUACAGUAACCAUAUAAUUACUGGAAACAUAUAAUUAGGCCAAUUAGCAUGAGCUGAGUCAAACAGAGGCGGAAAUCUGUUCACCUCUGCAUUCUGAUUUGACAUUUCUUUGUUUAGAGUACAAUCUUUAUAUUUUAUAGACCAACUUCUAGACAGAAAUAUAAUUAAUUAUCUCAGGGUUUGGUUUGCUGAAGGUAACGAAAGGCGGAAAAGAAUAAUAAUAAUAAUAAUGAUAAUACGAAAAAAUUAAAUAAUACUAAAGAUAAUAAUCACAGGCCCAUUGAGAUGUUUACAGACAUAGCUGCUUCUCUUUGUUUAGUUUUGAACACUAAUGAAUAUUUAUUGAAAUGUUUUCUCUCUUAGUUUACGUUUAUUUUUGCACUGUGUAUUUUCAUCAUCGCCUUAGGCUUGCUAUACAGUACAGACAUUUAGCAGUGGAUGUGCUUUCUGCCAAAUGAAUUUCUCAUGACCGGGCAUUGGACGUUAGAGUGACAGCAGCACUUUCCUUGUAAUUUUGUUGUACAUGUAGUUACUAGUUGUGUAGCA